UUUUAUUUUGAAUUAAAGUUGGUAUGCCAAUACUUGGUUUUCAUCUGUAUGGAGCAUCAUAUAAACGUGGUUUCUUCUGUGAUGACGAAGCACUCAAGCAUCCCUACAAGGCUUCAACAGUACGCAGUUGGAUGCUCUAUUUGAUGGGUUUUGUGGUACCAAUAGCAAUUAUCACGGCUAUUGAAUUCUUUAAGUCACACAGUCAACGUAUGCGCGGAUUCGGCCACCUUUCUGGCGAACGUUACAUUUUCUAUCAUCUUGAAAUACCAGAUUGGUGCGUGGAAUGCUAUAAAAAGAUCGGAGUUCUAAUAUUUGGAGCUGGCGUAUGUGAAUUGACUGUAGAAAUUGCUAAAUAUUCCAUUGGUCGUUUAAGACCACACUUUUUUGAGGUUUGUCAGCCGAUUAUGAAUGAUGGCACUACAUGUGAUGACGCUAUUAAUGCUGGGCGGUAUAUCGAAGAUUUCACCUGCCGUGGAGUAGAUAUGUCUGCGAAGAUGAUAAAAGAAGUAGGUUUGUCUUUCCCCAGUGGUCACGCAAAUUUUGCAUUUUAUACGAUGUUGUACAUAAUGAUUUAUUUGCAAAAGCGCAUGACAUGGAGUCGUUUCAAAAUGUUUAAGCAUUUACUGCAGUUUCUAUUCCUAAUGUUUGCUUGGUAUGCAUCAUUAACACGUGUUUCCGAUUAUCAACAUCAUUGGAGCGAUGUCUUAGCAGGAUCUGCUAUUGGCACAUUCUAUGCGGUUAUAGUGACUUCUUCAAUGUGGUAACAUGAACUCAGUUUUAAAAAAUUUUACCGGGACGAUUCAAUCCAAAAUAUAAAACUUCUGUACAAUUGUU